UUCUCACACCCCACCACCCACCACCUGUCUCCUUACACUAAAACACACUCAUUCCAAUUCUUCUUCAUCAUAUUAUUUUAUAUGUUAUCAUCAUAUUCCAAUUAUUAUUACAAGUAGUAAUAAAGUUGUAUUUUGCGUGUGUGUUGAAUUUUAUUCAAGGUUGAGUAGUGGAACAACCUGCAAAUUGAAGAAGAUGAGCAGAAAACAGGGGAAGAAGGAGCAGAAGCAGCAGAACAAGGUGGUGAGGAUCAUGACAACGCCGUUUCGCGUUCUCGGAAAAGCCAAGGACAUGUACGUCCGGAGCAUCACCAAGUGCGGCCACAACAUGAGCUACAGCAGCCAGGUCGACGCGGCGGGGCCAUUCGCCGCUCUUCCCCGGAGCUACAGCACCACCACGGCGAUGUCGAGUGAAAGCGAGGAUUUCGCUGAGCUCAUGAGAGCAGCUUCAGCUAGAACCUUGAUUAACAGAAUUGAUGUUGAUUUGGUUCUCAAACAGCAGCAGGAUCAGCAACUACAACAGCAGCAGCUGCAACAACCACCGGUGAAUGGUGGUUUGCCGAAGUCGGUGAGUGUUGGCAUGGGGAGGAUUGAUGAGGAUAAGCCUUUUGAUUUUGGCGAUGGUGGUGACCUUCCGGCUUCUUAUCCAAGAAGUAGAAGCUAUGCUGUUGGGAAGAAUCCAAGGGGUGUUAUGUAAUCGAUUGAUCUCUCUGAUCAUCAGGAUCAUUGAUUGUUUGCGCUCUGGUAAUUUAAUUUUAUUGGAUGAAUGGAAUUGAAUUAUGUUUUGAUUUGA